GAUAAAUCAAGCAAUUAUGGCUUCAGUACACACUCGCAAUCGCGGAAACAUCGUCUACCUCUCCAUGUCCGAACUCCGCCGACCAAUCCCGCCGGUGUUGGAUAUGGACAAGGUCAUGUCUAUGAUUGAGACGCUCAAGCGUGAGCAGGCGAAGGAGGAUGCGGCUGCGGCCGAGGGAACGGAGGGUGAGCCGACGGAGUUGCCGCCUGUGGAUGUUUUGCAUGUGAGGAAGGAUGACGAGAAUUACUACUUUGCGUUUGGUGGAUGUCACCGUCUGAGAGCACACGAUAUGUCUGGGAUCGAAAAGGUGCGGUGUAAGCUCGUGCCUUGUACGCCGAAGAUGUUGAAGAUGUACAUGGGUGGUUCAUCGCCUUUCAAGGACGACGAGUAAAGGAAAUCAAAAAGAAAGUUCAGGUAUAGAUGGGUGUACGAUACACAGAUAAAAGGCUCCGGAGCUGGCUCCAGCUGAUGUUAUGAAAACAUAAUCGAUUCAAUCCAAAAAGAUCCCACGUAACGCCAGC